CCAGAAAAUAAUUUGAAAUAUACUUAUGUAAUUAAAUUUGAAGCUUUCAAACUUUUUUCUGUUUAUUUUCACUUUUUUUAUUUUAGAAUGUUGAUAAUAUUUUAAUCGAACGAAUAUCGAAACGAAUGCUUUUAAAUUUAAAGUGUAAAGAAACCUUUUAUAAACCGACAGUGAAUAAUUACUUCUUUUUCAUUUAUUACAAUGCACAGAACUGCAUUUGUCAAAAAUUUGCAAAUACAUACACACAGAUAUAAAUAAGAUGUGAAUCAAUCUCAAUGUAUAGUGAAGACCCGUAUAUAAAUUACAGGACGCACGCACAGAAUACUCUGUUAUAUUUGGAAAAUUAUUUCAAAAACUUUAUAAUAAAUUUAGUUAAAUUUUAAAGUUAAGUUAAGCGAAUAAAUUAACAGUUUAUCGUCAAUGCACGUAAACCUGCCCAGAUAAUUGUAUGUAGACUGCGUUCAGACACGACAACUUUAUCUGCGGCAGUUCGAGUUGUGGAAAAUUUCAAAGGAUACGUACAAUAUAUAAAAAUAUUUAAACUUAGAUUUGGUCUACAUUUUUGUAUGUAAUAUAUACGCAGAGUAUGAAUGCCAAAAUUUCAGCUCUUUAAGGUUUGCUAAAAAUUCAAAGACAUAUUUGACUUUGCAUUUACUUUAAAUAUUAUUCUCUGGCAAUACCUUCGCUGCCAAUAUGACAAAUAAAUACAAUGCGUACAUAUAGAAAGUAAAAAGUGCCUGGUUUAUUAUGAAAUAUUUAUAGUUCAGUUAAUAAGUGAAUAAUAAUUAUGCUCCUGUCCUUCAGAACUGCUGUCCAAUCAGCAUCACAACUACUAUGCCAGGGGAGAUAUCCAAUUUGUACAAUGUAUCAUCGUCAAAUGUCAAAUAUUCCCAAACAACCGUCUAAUGAGAGCUCAAACGAACCAAUAAAGUUCUUUGGAAGCCAAGCUGCAACCUGGCGUGCACGGGAUACGAGAAGUGGCGGUUCUGAGGACAUGUUAUGGUUUCAACCUUAUGUCAUUUCAGGAAGUUUGGCUGCAUUCUUAUUGUAUUUCUGCGUACUCCGGGAGGAAAAUGAUAUAGACAAACGGCUAGAAGGUAACCUGUUUGAUCAAGUUACGGGUCUGGAAGAAGUACAGCUUACCGUAAAUUACAAAUAUAACAAAGAUAAUGGUUUGGACACUUCUGAAAUUGAAAAACGAUUAUUAGAACUAGGAGUCGACAUAAAGCUUUUAGAUAUACGAUAAAAAGAAUGUAUAACAAUUGAAUACGACGAUAGUAGUAGUCACAAUAUCGGUUAAGAUAAUGAAAAAGAUUUAUUCAAUUGUCUAUGCAAUAUUACCUAAUUUGAAAAUAAAACAAUUGGUGAUUUGUAAAUGCCAAAGGCAAAUUUGCAUA